UUCUCAUCGCCUUUGAGAGAACGGAGCGAGCUCUUUCUAUGCCGUCUCUGUUCCGUUGCGGGCGUAAAUCAGGGAGACGUUCUCUGUUACUCCUUUCCUUCUCAUGAUUUUGAGGCUUCUCCUUCCUCAGAAUCGUAGUUGAAAGGACUCGUACAUUCACUCCAUCCUUAUUUCCUCGCAUCUGAAUCCGAAAAUGCUUUCUUUUUUGCUUUGAUUUGCAGUCGUGGUUGUUUGUUGUGACGGCCGAUCCAAAUGGGAUCUCACUAUUUUGCGUAUGAGAGCCCAAUUUCACCCGGCCUAGAGUUGAUAUUCAAGGGCAGCUCUCGUGAUAUUUUCGCGUUGUUAAAUUGUCGUCGUUAAAAUUCAGGGAAACUGCCCUAAAUUUUUUGAUUGAUAACUAAUCAUAUCUGAAUCUGCUGAUAGAGUUCUUACUGGCUUACUCUUUAACCCACCCAGAGGGUUAGGAUUGCCGAUCAAGAAAUCUUGUUAAAUGCUUGUCACCAAAACCCCAAGGGUUAUAAAGGAAAAGACUUUCAGAUGUAUGAUGCAUCCGAAGAGAUUCUUACCAACUAUUUUCAGGGCUGCCAGCCAAAGUUGCUCUCCUGUUCUGUCAAGUUGAAGCUUAUUACUCCAGUUUUGGAUGGUAACACAGCAUUGGAUAUCUUUCCACUUCGAUUCAAGAUUGUUAAGGAAGAAAGCGUCUUUUUUCGAAUUUCUUGUUGAUUUCGGGGUCUGAGAAGAAAAGAGAUAAGAUUCAUUGGGAGUUGGUUUCUUUCCCGGAAGAGGGUGGUUAAGGAUUUAAAGGCUUGAGAAGUUGGAAUACUGGUUGCCUGUCGCGCCAUAUCUGGCCGGUUCUGCAGAGAGUCCCUUUGUAUAGCUUGGUUAAGAAAGUAUUGGUUACGUUCUCAAGCAUUUGGGAGGUCAAAACUCCAGGAUCUUGGGCUUGGAAUUAAGUUCUGAAACCAAAGCAAUUGGCAGCUUGUUCUAUUCAAAAGUCCUAGCAUGGGGUUCAGUAGGACCGAGUGUUAAUGCCAACUUUCUCAGUAAAGAAAGUAUGGAACCAUCAUUCAAAAGUCUUUAUUUACAUGGAUCAUCCAGUUGUGCAGGAUAGCAGAUUUUAGAAGCUUGUGAAAUGGGUUGUUGAGAUUGAUAUGAUAUGCCAGUUUCCUUUGUCUUGCCAUGAAUGGAGGGAUCAUAAUUUUAUUUAGUCCUAUUUUCUGCAACUUGUACAGUGGUUUCCCCUUCAGAUUGGGCUUUUGUUCUUGCUGGAGGUUGAGCAGAGCUCUGUAGUCUGUUCACAUAUUUAGGAGUUGUGAAGUACGAAGAUUGCUUUGGUGGUGAGUGAGGCACGGAGGAAGAGUCGCCGAAGAUAAUGUGGGAAGAAGAUGCUUUUGAUUCCAGAAUUGAUUUUGAAGAUGAAAGAGUUAUUGGAGUGGCUGUGGCUACCAGAUCUCUCUGUUUUCAUACUAGAUGUUUGUGGGAUGACAUGACAGUAUGAAAGUAGUUAGGCUAGCUCCAACCCAUGGUGUCAAAUUGCUAUAAAGCCAUAUUUGGCUUUUUUUCUUCCUCCAACCCACAAAAAAAUUGGAAGCCAAAAAUGGGUAUUGGGUUUUUGGAAGGGAAAUAUGGCUGGGUUUUGGGGUGGGGAGUGAUAUUUGGCUGCCAAAAAGUGGAUAACAGGUCAGCUGGAAGGAGAAGGCGCCUUCCCCCGCGCGCGUGCGCCCCAGGCGCGCGUCCGGCGCCUUCUCCUUCCAGCUGACCUGUUUUCCCUUUUUUUUUUUUUUUUUUUUCUUUUAACUUUUGUUGGUUGGGAAUUUGGGGAGCCAAUUUGUUUUGGAUUUUUUUUCUCUAUUCUCAUUGGUGGUUUGUGAUUCAAUUUGAAAUAUAAAUUUGAAAUAAUUGAUGUAGUGACGAAAAAACGGUCAUAUUUUAACGGCCAUAUUUUUUCUUAUAUAUUACAGCACUCUUCAUAGAUUUCUCUUCACUCAUUCUCAGAGCAUAAAUCGCAUUCUCUCAAAAUUCAAUUGUUAUCGUCUCUCAAAAUAGGAAUAUGACAGGCAAGAGAGGACCUAAUUGGCGUCCGAAUGAAGAUGAAAUCUUGUGCAGAGCUUGGGUGUCGAUAUCAGAAGAUGGAGCGGUUGGCACCAACCAGAAGUAUACAAGGUUGUGGGAAAGAGUGGCGGCAGAACAUCAAAAAUGGGAUCCUACUACAAUUCGUACUGCUGUUGCAAUGGAAUCCCGAAUGAGGAUUAUUUGCUAUCACUGCAAUGCUUGGAAGGGAGUUUUGCAAAGAGCACAAAGGCAUCAAUCGAGUGGCACGAACCAGUUUGAUGUGGAAAAGGAGGCAAGAGCAAUAUAUAAGCAAGAGAAUGGGAACAAGGCUUUUGAUUUUGAGCAUUGUUUCGAAAUUCUCCGAAAUUGUCCAAAGUGGUACUCCAAUCCUGACCUGCUUGUUAGUCCCAUUCCACCUAUGGGGCAAGGUUCCCAAAGUUCUACAACAGGUUUUGGUUCUCAAUCAUCUCCCGUGGAAGGCCUUGAUGACUUACCAGAUGAAGGAGCUACGCCUUUCGUGUUGACUCGCCCUGAAGGACGCGACAAACAAAAGGCAGCAAAGAAGAAAGGUAAGGUAGUUGCUGAAUCGUCAGACAUAUACACUACUCAACUGCUAGAGUUUGGUAAUGAUAUGAGAGAGAGGCAAAAGUCUAGGAUGGAGUACGAAAACAGAAAAAUGAAUGUUCAAGAGAGGAGACUAGAGCAGGAGAAAGAGGAAUGGGCAUACAAGAGGCAAGUGAGGGAGCGUGAAGCGGAAAAGUGGGCUGUGGAGAAGAAAGAGAGGGAAGCUGCAAUACUUCAACAAAAUGUAGCUAUUCUGGAGAAGGAUUUGUCAAAGAUGACACCAAGAAAGAAGAGAUUUUAGAGGCGUAAACAAAAUGACAUUUAUGGGUACGAUCAAGAUGAUCCCAACUCUUAUCCAAGUGAUGGCGGAGAUGGAGAUGGCGAUGCAAGUGGUGGAGGAGAUGGCGAUGAAAGUGUUGGAGGAGAUGGCGAUUACUUUCCUGUCAUGGAUUAUUAAUUAGAAGAAAAUCCUAUUUGUACU